AUGGGUCAAUUAAAAGAUUAUUGUUAUUAUUGUGAUAAGAAGUUUAAUGAUACUUUUCAUACAAGAAAGAAACAUAAUGAUAGUAUUAAACAUAAACAAAACGUUAAGAAUCACUUUGAAUAUUUUAGGAAGAACAAUCGUAGGUUGAUACAAGAAGAGGUACAAAGUAUAGAGUUAGCAUUGUUCAAAUCAAAACAACCUUGUAAAUUUUUAUUAAAGUUUGGUAGAUGUAAAUUCAUGUCAUCAUGUAGAUACCUUCACUCAUUAUCAUCAUCAGCAGCAACAACGACAACAAAAACAUCAUCACCAUCAUCAUCAACCUUAUCUAAACUAAACGUAAUCGAACAUUUGCCACCUUAUUCAAGGUCAUCAUUAAUAGCAUCAGGCAUAUUUAACAACAAUAAUAAUAAUAAUAAUAACAAUGAUAAAGAAUGUAUAAAUAAUGAUAAUGACAGUGGUGAUGAUAACAGAUCAGAACAUUUAACACUUGAAGCACGAAUCAUUGAAAUACUGAUGUCAAAACAGAACAAACAGUUGCAACAACUCGAACAAGUAUCAAGUAUUGUUAAACUACCAGCUUCACUACUUCAACCCUCUACUUAG